AUGAUUCAAAAACGAAUUAAUUCUAUAAUCCAUCUUUUAUUUUUUUUUCCUUUCGUAUUUUUUUCUCUCUCGCUGCUAAGACCGGAAAAGAUGAACGUCAAAGUAAAUCUUUUAAAUCAUUUAACCGACAUUUUGAAAACAAGCAGACAUAGCAAAACCCAGUCCCCACUUCUGCCCCCCUCUCUCCCUCUCUCUCCCCUUACAUCACUUUCUUACUCUCCUUCACACUUUCUUUCACUCUCUGACACUUUCUUUUUCUUUCUAUUUCUCUCUAAUUUUCCUUCUGCCAUUCGUUCUUUCUUUUCUUUCUUUCUUUCUUUCUUUCUUUCUUUCUUUCUUCCAUUUCCGAACUUGUUCCAUAUCUCUCUCUCUCACACUUUAUCUCUUGCAUUUGUUUUGUCCUUUCUUUCACUCUCAGUUGCACUCGCUUUCUUUCUCAUUUUUCUCGCCUUCGUUUCUAUUUUCUUUUCCUUCCCGCUUUGUCUUUCCCUAAAACGUUUUUACUCACUCUCUCUCCCUCUCCCUGUCUCUCUCUCUCUCUCAAUUUAUUUUCUUUCACUUUUCCCACACUUUCUUUCUCCUAGUGUCUUUUUCUUUCUCCUUUCUUGCCUAUGUCUCUUUCUUUCUCCCUCUCUCUCUCUCUUUCUCAAUUGUUUAUUACUCGUUUGUCUUUGUUUCUCUUUCGUUUUCACUUUCAUUCUUUCAGUUGCUCUCUCUCUCUCUCUCUCUCAAUUGCUUUCUCUCUCUUUCAAUCUUUUUAUUUCCAUCCUCUCUCUUUUUUUCUUUCUUCAUCUUUAUCUCUCUUUAACUGUAUCUCUGUUUUUAUCUCUAUCUUUCUUACUCUUUGGUUGUGAUUAG